GCUUGAAAAGCUCCAUCAAGCGGACCAAGAGCCAGCCCAAACUGGACCGCACCAGCAGCUUCCGUCAGAUGUUGCCUCGGUUCAGGAGUGCUGACCAUGACAGGCCGGGACCCCCCGGCAGCUGCAGGACUGCCCCUCUGGGGGGCAGACGCCAGGGCCCGCCUCAUGCAGAGCUUCAAGGAGUCGCACUCCCACGAGUCCCUGCUGAGCCCCAGCAGUGCUGCCGAGGCCCUCGAGCUCAACCUGGACGAGGACUCCAUCGUCAAGCCCGUCCACAGCAGCAUCCUGGGCCAGGAGUUCUGCUUUGAGGUCACCACGUCUUCUGGCACCAAAUGCUUUGCCUGUCGAUCGGCUGCCGAGAGGGACAAGUGGAUCGAGAACUUGCAGCGUGCUGUGAAGCCCAACAAGGACAACAGCCGACGUGUGGACAACGUGCUGAAGCUGUGGAUCAUUGAGGCGCGAGACCUGCCCCCGAAGAAGCGCUACUACUGCGAGCUGUGCCUGGACGACAUGCUGUACGCGCGCACCACCAGCAAGGUGCGCACGGACAACGUCUUCUGGGGGGAGCACUUUGAGUUCAACAACCUGCCGGCCGUCCGCACCAUCCGGCUCCACCUCUACAAGGACACCGACAAGAAGCGCAAGAAGGACAAGAGCAACUACGUGGGCAUGGUCAGCAUCCCCAUCGCCAGCGUGACCGGGCGCCACUUUGCGGAGCAGUGGUACCCGCUCAGCCAGCCCAGCGCCAGCAAGAGCAAGUCCGGCUGCCCGGCCAUCCGCGUCAAGAGCCGCUUCCAGACCAUGAGCAUCCUGCCCAUGGAGCUGUACAAGGAGUUUGCCGAAUACGUCACCAACAACUACCGCAUGCUCUGUGCCGUGCUGGAGCCGGUCCUCAGCGUCAAGAGCAAGGAGGAGGUGGCCUGUGCGCUGGUGCACAUCCUGCAGAGCACGGGGAAGGCGAAGGACUUCCUGUCCGACAUGGCCAUGACGGAAGUAGAUCGCUUCAUGGACCGGGAGCACUUGAUCUUCCGGGAGAACACGCUGGCCACAAAAGCCAUAGAGGAGUAUCUCAAAUUGAUUGGACAAAAAUACCUCAAGGAUGCGAUUGGUGAGUUCAUCCGUGCUUUGUACGAGUCGGAGGAGAACUGUGAGGUGGACCCCAUGAAGUGCUCUGCGUCCACCUUGGCUGACCACCAGGCGAACCUGCGCAUGUGCUGUGAGCUGGCUCUCUGCAAAGUGGUCAACUCCCACUGCGUGUUCCCCCGGGAGCUGAAGGAGGUCUUUGCGUCCUGGCGGCUCCGCUGUGCCGAGCGGGGCAGGGAGGACAUCGCCGACCGCUUGAUCAGUGCCUCCCUCUUCCUGCGCUUCCUGUGCCCGGCCGUCAUGUCCCCCAGCCUCUUCGGCCUCAUGCAGGAGUACCCCGACGAGCAGACGUCCCGCACCCUCACCCUCAUCGCCAAGGUCAUUCAGAACCUGGCCAACUUCACCAAGUUUGGCAGCAAGGAGGAGUACAUGGCCUUCAUGAACGAGUUCCUGGAGCUGGAGUGGGCCAGCAUGCAGCAGUUCCUCUACGAGAUCUCCAACCUGGACACGCUCACCAACAGCACCAGCUUCGAGGGCUACAUCGACCUGGGCCGGGAGCUCUCCGCACUUCACGCCCUGCUGUGGGAGGUCAUGCCGCAGCUCAGCAAGGAAGCCCUGAUCAAGCUGGGCCCGCUGCCCCGCCUCCUCAACGACAUCAGCCUCGCUCUCAGGAACCCGCACAUCCAGCGGCAGCCCAGCCACCAGGGCGAGCGGCUGCAGCCAAAGCCCGUCAUCCUCCGCGGACCCUCAGCUGACAUGCAGCCCUCCUACAUGAUGCGCGACCUCAACAGCUCCGUCGUCGACAUGCAACCCUACAUGAUGCGAGGCAUGAACAGCUCCAUGGAUAUGACCCGCUUGCCUUCCCCCACCAAGGAGAAGGGCUCUAAAGACAUGUUCUUUGUGGCCCGCCCCCCGCUGGCCCGCUCCUCCCCGGCCUACUGCACCAGCAGCUCGGACAUCACGGAGCCCGACCAGAAGGUGCUGAGCGUCAACAAGAGCGUCUCGAUGCUGGACCUGCAGGACAGCCGCAUGAACAGCAUCUCCAACCUGCACAGCGUGGGCGACAUGCUCAACAGCAGCCAGGCCUCCAUCACGGCCGGCCUCGGCCUGCGGCCCAGCCGCCUCUCCCAGGGCAGCGGCUCCAGCAUCGCAGCCGGCCUGCGGCUCAGCCAGAUGGGCGUCACCACGGACGGCGGCCUCGGCGGGGGCGGCACCUCCUCCGCCCAGCAGCUCAGGAUCCCCCUGUCCUUCCAGAACCCCCUCUUCCACAUGGCCUCCGAUGGGCCGGCCGCCGGCCCCCUGCACUCCCACCCGCACCGGCCCGCCGAGGGCAACCCCGACCCCUUCGCCCCCUUCCACGGGUACAGCAAGAGCGAAGACCUGUCCACCAGCAAGCACAUCAUCCACAGCCACAGCUACAGCGACGAGUUCACCCGGCAGGGCUCCGAGUUCACCAAGCGCCAGCUCUCCCUCCAGGAGAACCUGCAGAACAUGCUCUCACCCCCCCAGAUCACCAUCGGGCCCCAGCCCCAGCGCCAGGGGCCCCCUCAGCAGCCCCCCCAGCAGCAGCAGCAGCCGCCGCCCUCCGUUCAGCGGGGGAAGUCCCAGCAGCAGCAGCUCACCGUCUCCUCUGCCCAGAAGCCCCGGCCCUCCAGUGGCAACCUGCUCCAGCCGGAGCCCCCCUACGGGCCAGCUCGCCCCCGCCAGCAGUCGGUCACCAAGGAGGCCCCCUCCGCCCUCAAGCCAUCCAUCACCAAGCAGCCCUCGCACACGCCUUCCACGCUGAACCCCGUCAUGCCGGCUUCGGAGCGGACGGUCGCCUGGGUCUCCAACAUGCCUCACCUCUCGGCUGACCUCGAGAGCUCCCACAUAGAGCGGGAGGAGUACAAGCUGAAGGAGUACUCCAAGUCCAUGGACGAGAGUCGGCUGGACCGGGUAAGGCCCCGAGCCUGGCCUGCGCCCUCCCUGGCAGCCGCGUCGCCUCAGGAACGAGAGCCUGCCCGGGCUGCGUCAGCUGGCUGGCCCUUGGGCCGGUGGAAUGACGGACGCUCUUCCGCCGGGGCCCGGCAGUUCUGCUCAUGCGGUAAAGGAGUACUUAAGAGGAGAGAUCCACUCUCUGAAAGAGCGCCUCCACAUGUCUAA